AUGUCUGAGGGAGUACAUACACAACAGAGUGCAGAACAGCCUACUCUCAACAUCUGGGACUUUGCUGGCCAAGAUUUGUACUACACAACGCACCAGACAUUCCUGUCUUCUCGGGCGAUCUACCUGGUUGUUUUCAACCUCUGUCACGAUCUUGACGAACCAAUGCCAGUCCAGGAUCAGGUAAGAUGUAAAGAUGGGAGCGGCGGUUCCAUCACAUCAUAUAGGACAACCCCGAUUCAGUAUCUAGAUUUCUGGAUGCAGUCGAUUUUCACCUACACCAAGGAAAACUCCUCACAAGACGUACAGAAAUCCCCACCAAUCUUCAUAGUUGGUACAAACAGAAACAGUGUUGGCGGGGAUGAUUUGCCAGACAAUGAACGUAAGGCCUUGAUAGAUGAGAUAUUUACACGGAUACGACUUGAGAUCCAUGACAAGCCGUACAACAGAUAUGUGGUUUCUGAAUUCUACGCAGUAGAGAACUCCCUGGAAGACAACGUGAAGAUUGAAAAACUACGCAACCACAUAGAGAGCAUAGCAAUGAAAGAGCCUUACAUGAAAGAGAGAAUCCCUUUGAACUGGCUGACCUUUGACGAUGAGAAGGCAAACAUAAGUGGUGGAAAACCUGUUAUGACACUGAAGCAGGUAAUGGAUGGCUUUGAGAUUGAAGAUGAAACUGAACUGCUGACGAUGCUGAAGUUCUAUCACGAUCUGGGCCACAUAAUAUACUUUGGAGGGGAUGGUGAAAGUCAGGCGCUGAAAGACGUGGUCAUUCUCAAGCCACAAUGGCUGAUCGAUGCCUUCAAGAAGAUCCUCACUGUUAAACAUCCAAGAAAACAGAGCAAAGAAUAUGCCAAUUCUUGGGGUCGACUGAAAAACAAUGGCAUAUUGGAUGAUUCGCUUAUCGACCACAUGUGGCAAGACAUCUUUGAGCACAAAACUGCCCUUCUGGACCUGAUGGACAUGUUUGACCUACUCUGUGAGCGAUUGGAUAAGCCGUCGGAGGAAGAGCACGGAAGCCCUGUUUCAUCCACUGCCGCCGCACAACAUGCCCAACCUUGUUCUGCAAAUGCAUCUUACUAUGUGCCUUCAAUGUUGCAGCGUCGGACAAGCUCACUUCAACAUGAAACCGUUGAGAAUAAGAACACAAGUGUGUUCUUUGUGGACUUCAAAGGAUUCCUGCCUGAUGGUUUGUACCAUCGGUUAGUUGUGCGAGCUUUGCGAUGGUCUCAAACAUUUGGUGGAAAAGAUCUAGAUCCUGGUCUGCUCUAUGAUCGAGCAAAUGUCUUUGUACACCACGAUCAUGAGUUUGUUCUGCAGAUGGUGCACCGAAAAGAUCUUGCAUACAUCAAAGUGAGUGUCGCGAGGCUGAUAGUCAUUCCAGCCCCACAAAAUGUCAAACCACCUUCAACUGAUGUCACGUGUGAGGUUAAGGACUUUGUGGAAGAGCAUCUGCAGAGUUUGAAAACCACGUGGAUCAAGCGAAUUAAGUACUGCAUCAGUGUCCAGUGUCCCAACAAGCUUGAAGAACCCCACUUUCUUCCACUGGAUGAUUGCUUGAAAAAGCCAGAAUUUCUCUGUCGGUUUAAACAUUGUCGAGCCCUUAUCAAAACGGAAGAAAUCCAAGCCAUGUUCAAGCAGGAAAGCUCCGAGGAAGAAGCUUCCGCUCGUGCCGAUAGACAGCCGAUGAGUGAUAUCCUUUUCAAAGAGAUAGCAAAAGACUUUGGCAAAGAGAGGGGGGAGGAUUUGGCCAAAGAGCUGGGAGUCGAAUCAGAAGAAGUUGACACGAAUAAAAAAGACUAUAACACUAGCGGGGUCAAUGAGCAAAUAUUCCAAAUCCUGUCACAGUGGAGGGAAACGCGUGGAAAUGAAGUGGACAAGAUGCGAAAAGAGCUCAUCGAUGCACUGAUGACGGUGGGAAAAUUUGGGCUUGCACAUAAAGUGCAGACUGAGUACUAA